UUUUCUAAAUGAAAUCACACACCGUUCAUCACAUUAUCCCUAUUAUCUCUUCGCCAAGAAUGGAGCUCUCAAAAAUGUUGCUCCCAUCUCCGACUUCCAUCUCAAUCCCUCCAAAACCUUACAUUUCGCAAUGCUUUCUGUACAACCGAUCAUCAUCCACCUCUCGCCGCCGUCUCAAUCUCCGAUCCAUGGCAAAGCAAACCGGCGAAGAAGUUUCCACCAACGGGAUUACAGAGAAACUAGCAAUAGCCGGUGGGUUAAUCGCUAACCCAGUAAUCGGGUGGUCUCUUUACACCCUGAAGACCACCGGCUGCGGCCUGCCACCUGGUCCCGGCGGAUCCCUUGGCGCAUUGGAAGGCGUUAGCUACUUGGUGGUGGUGGGGAUUGUGGGGUGGUCUUUGUAUACCAAAUCGAAAACCGGGUCGGGUCUACCUAAUGGACCUUUUGGGUUGUUGGGUGGUGUUGAAGGGUUGUCGUAUUUGUCAUUGGUGGCGAUUUUGGUGGUGUUUGGAGUUCAGUUUUAUCAGCAGGGUUCGCUCCCUGGUCCGGUUCCCGUUCCCGGUGACCAGUGCUUUGGUUGAGGUGAUGUGUAAAUUUUCAACAUUUUUGUAUUGUUAUAAGUUUAUAACUACAAUAAUUAUUAUAUAUUAUUUUGUUUUAAUUUAA